AUGAUUUCUGUGAAUAUAUGUGCUUCAAUAGGUUCAGAAGUUGGGAAGCUUCAUUGCUCCAAUCUGUUGGUGGUUUCUUCUCAGGGGAAACAGAAGGUUGACUCUGGUUCAGCUGCCCUGCAGAGAAUCCUCUUUCAUUUGGAUCUGAAAUGUGAAGGUUUUAUACAGUGGGUGGAAAAGAAAAAGGACAUCUUUCGAAGAACGGGAGAUCCUGAAAGAACAGUAGAAUUGGAGUUUAUAGACAAAGACAAACCACACUUCGAUCUUGAUGAUCUAUUGGGAGCUUCUGCAGAUCAAUUGGGGAAGGGGAAAUUAGGCAAUACAUAUAAAGCAACACUGGAGUUUGGUUCAGUUGUGACUGUAAAAAGGCUCAGGGGAUUGAAUGGGUUAAGCAACAAAGAAUUUGUUCAACAGAUGCGGUUGCUGGGAAGUAUAAGGCAUGAAAACAUAAUAGAGAUCAUAUCUUUCUACCAUUCCAAGGACGAGAAGCUGGUUGUCUAUGAAUAUGUCAAUCAUGGUAGCUUGUUUGACCUUUUACAUGUGGGAAGAACAGCAGUGAAGUGGAGUACAAGACUAUCAAUAGUAAAAGGUGUAGCAAAGGGCUUGAAUUACCUUCACCAAUCCUCACCAUCUUCUCACAAGGUGCCCCAUGGCAACCUCAAAUCUUCCAAUAUUCUCAUCCAUCACCACGACCAAAAAUACCAACCUAAAAUCACCGAUUUAGGUUUUUUGCCAUUACUGCCGUCUCGUAAAUCUUCAAAGAUGCUGCUAGCCUCUGAACGGACGCCGGAAUUCUCUCAAGGAAAGAAAUUGACCCACAAAGCCGAUGUUUACUGCUUCGGCCUUGUAGUUCUGGAGGUCAUCACAGGACGGAUACCACCAGGAAAUGGCGAGGAUCUUGCGGAAUGGGCGACGAAUGUUGCUAACAAUGACUGGUCUACAGAUAUCUUGGACAUGGAAUUACUAGUAGCAUACACACAAGGGCACCAUGAGAUGUUUGGGCUCACAGAUCUUGCACUUCAAUGUACAGCUAUCGAUCCAGAGAGGCGUCCAAGGCUGAGUGAACUGUUGAGAAGGAUUGAAGAGAUUGAGGAAAAGAGCAGCAAAAAUGGAGAGAAAUGUUAGUUUUUAGCUUCACUAGUGGUUCCUUGCUUGAUGCUCAACAAGCGAAUUCUUGAUCUGCAUUUUCUUUCCCUAUUUGAUUUUGUAUGGCUUCUCAGAAUUAGAUCAAUGGACUUAGGAGUUAAGACCUUAAUUUGUUUCCCCUA